AUGAAUCAUCCCUCCUGCGAGCCGUGCACGAAGACCGGCGGCGACUGUUAUGACCUGAACGAAGAUGGCACGACAGACGGUUGCAUCUGCUCUCGAGCCAGCAGUCAGCCUUAUCCCAGACGAACCUCUGCGCUUUCCGUGCAUCUGACCAGCCCCCUUAAGCAAAUCACACCCACCUUCUUGGCCUAUUUACCAUACCCCUUCUCGGCAACGGCAUUUUCAUCUUCCUCCAUCUCCACCGACUCAUCCGAGGCAGUGCACUACACCGCCUCUGGAAGCUCUUCCGGCAAAGACCACCAAGGAGCAUCACUACAACGAACUCCUGGAAGCCGGCGAGCAGGAAAAAUCUACGACAAUGUUGAUGAGGACAAUGAAGAGGAGAAUCUGCACAGAUAUCGAGGCCAGCUGCCCAUUGAUCUGUUGGGGUUGCAAACGAGUGGUACCACAAAAAAACUCUACGCCACAUGCUCAGAGACACUG